AUGUGUGGAGGCGCGAUCGUUUCCGACUUCGUCCCUUCACAUUCCAUCCGCAGGAAGAGGGUCAUCACCGGUACGGAGCCAUGGCCGCUGGAGUACUUCCCCGAGGACCGGCCGACGGCGGCGGCGGCGGUUUCCGAGGCGCCGACGCCACCGGGGGAGGAGCGGAAGAAGCGAGUUCGGAAGAACCUAUACCGCGGGAUCCGCCGCCGCCCGUGGGGGAAGUGGGCGGCGGAGAUAAGGGACCCCGCAAAGGGGGUCCGCGUAUGGCUCGGCACCUACCAGUCGCCAGAGGAGGCCGCCCGCGCCUACGACCGGGCGGCCCGGCGCAUUCGCGGCAGCAAGGCCAAGCUUAAUUUCACCGACAGUAACGAGGACGACGGCACCGCCGCCCAUCGCCGCGAGGAGCCUCGCUUCCAGCGGCGCCACCAGACGCAUCCACAAGCGGCGCCGCCCAGCGGCCAGCUCCCGGAGGACGACAUGCAGGCAUUGGAAUCGUACAUGAAGUUCCUCGACGAGGACCUGUAUAGCACGGGACACGGCGGCGCGGCGACCCCGCCGUCGUCGUCCGGCACUCCCCCGACCUCGGCUGAAACGACUUCCACGUUGGAGCUGUGGGGAUACGAUAAUGCCCUCAACGCCGACUGUCUAAAUCUCUUCUGA